AUGGCUGCCUUCUUAUCAAGAGCAGUAAGAGAACUCACCAAGAACCAGAACCGAAUAGUUUCGACACAAGCUAGACUUUCUGCUAUCAGGCAUAGCAGUUCAACUAGGUCCUUACUCGAAAUAGAAAGGCGUAGCGGAGAUGACUCGGGUAUUGCAAUAGUUCGAAUGAAUCGACCACCAGUGAACAGUUUAUCUUUGGAAUUUUUGACCGAGUUUAACAUCAGUUUGGAAAAACUGGAGAACGACAGCAGUUGCCGAGGACUUAUACUCACAUCGACUCUUCCAGUAGUCUUCUCAAGUGGUGUUGAUAUUAAUGAGAUGUAUCCAGCCAAGAAGGAUAGAUUAUGCGAAUUUUGGAAAUUGUUUUUUGACUUGUGUCAUCGACUUUAUGGCAGUCGUUUAGUGACCAUUGCAGCCAUUAAUGGGCAUGCCAUUGCUGGAGGAUGCGCUCUUACACAGUUAUGUGAUUACAGAAUAAUGACUUCAUCACAAGAGACUAAACUUAAACUGAACGCAACAGAACUAGGGUUACCCCCUCCAGCUCCUAUUGUCCAGAUCAUAAUGAAUAACGUCGGUCAACGAAAGUGUGAAAAAAUCUGGCAGACUGCUCAGCUGUUCAAUCCUCAGAGUGCACUGAAAGUCGGUUUGGUAGACGAACUGCGUAAGGACAAUGUCAUGCUUGGUGCAUUGCAAGAAAUUAAAACGUGGUUGAAAAUUCCUGAUGCCGCCAGAAUCUUAACGAAACAAGCAAUAAGGCAGGCAACCCAAAACCUUAUGAAUCCUGCAGUUAUAGAGGAUGAAAUUAACAGAACUGUUGCGUUUAUCUUGGAAGAAAACACACAGGAUAAAAUGAAAAGUUAUUUUGAGAGUAUGAAAAGAAAACAAACUGACGUAUAA